GCAGCUGGCGCUCCCCCGGGCAUGCAGAUCUCGCGGGCUCCCUGGCCGCUUACCUGGGCCGUGCUGCAGCUGGCCUGGUGGCCAGGGUGGCUUCUAGAGUCCCCCAGCAGGCCCUGGAGCCCCCUCACCUUCUCCCCAGCCCGACUCACAGUGUCCGAGGGGGCAGAUGCCAUCUUCACCUGCAGCUUCUCUAACUGGUCGGAGCACCAUGUGCUGAACUGGUACCGGCUGAGCCCCAGCAACCAGACUGAGAAGCUGGCUGCCUUCCUCAAGGGUCGCAGUGAGCCCGGCCCAGACCCCCGCUUCCAGGUUGCACAGCUGCCCAAUGGGCACGACUUCCACAUGAUCAUCACAGCCACAAAGCGUAACGACAGCGGGAUCUACCUCUGUGGAGCCAUAUUCCUGCCCCCCUGGACGAAGAUCAAGGAGAGUCCUGGCGCAGAGCUCACGGUGACAGAGAGAGUCCCAGAGACCCCCACAGUGCACCCCAGCCCUUCGCCCAGGCCCACAGGCCAGUUUCAAGGCUUGGUUGUUGGUGUCACAAGUGUCCUAGUGGGCAUCCCAGUGCUAUUGCUGCUGGCCUGGGUCCUGACUUCCCUCUACUCCAGGAACAUGCCAGAGACCGGAAGACCUAGAAGCAAGGAGCAGCCUCUGAAAGAGGACCCCUCGGCAGUGCCUGUCUUCACCGUGGCCUAUGGGGAGCUAGACUUCCAGUGUCGAGAGAAGACCUCAGAGCCCCCGGCACCCUGCAUACACACAGAGUAUGCCACCAUCGUCUUCCCCACUGGGCUGGGUGCCUCAAACCCAGGCCGCAGGGGCUCAGCUGAUGGCCCUCAGGGUCCCCGGCCUGUGAAGCACGAGGAUGGACACUGUUCUUGGCCCCUCUGA